GUCAUAGCAAUAAUGUGGUUCAUUUUCCUGGGUGUCCUACUGAUUGCAAGUGUCUACGGUGGUACAAUUUCGUCGAAGGACUACAUACCAAACGUUCAAGCAGACUUCGCACUCAAACUUCUCACUAGAUUAGAUGAGACGAGAUCACCGAUAGUGCUGUCGCCGAUUUCAAUUUCAAUCGCUCUCGCUAUGGCGUAUGCUGGUGCCGAAGGGAACACGAAAGCGCAAUUGGGCAAUGUGAUCGCCAGAGACAGGCAAAAAGUUGUUACAGCAAGGAAACGAAGUCUUACGCUCAAUGAGGUGCUGAACACAAUGAAACGAGUUACUGUGCUUGCGAUACGGUGA